AAUUAAGAGAUAGAUUCCAGAUAGAGGAAAGAUCAUGAGGUCACCGGUGCAACUCCAACACGGCUCAGACGCCACUAACGGUUUCCACACGCUGCAGCCUCUCGAUCAGACCGAUGGUCCGAUCAGGAGAGUGUGUCUCACGCGCGGUAUGCAUGUCCCUGAACACGUUGCGAUGCACCACACACACGACGUUGGUCCGGACCAGUGCUGCUCUUCGGUGGUGCAGAUGAUCCACGCGCCGCCUGAGUCCGUGUGGGCUCUCGUGCGGCGUUUUGAUAACCCGAAGGUUUACAAGAACUUCAUCAGACAGUGCCGUAUCGUCCAAGGCGAUGGACUACACGUCGGCGAUCUCCGGGAGGUCAUGGUGGUCUCUGGACUUCCGGCGGUCUCGAGCACCGAGAGACUCGAGAUCUUGGACGAGGAGCGUCACGUGAUUAGCUUUAGUGUCGUUGGUGGGGACCACAGGCUCAAGAACUACCGAUCGGUGACGACACUACACGCGGCGGACGAUGAAGGGACCGUCGUGGUGGAGUCUUACAUCGUCGAUGUGCCGCCGGGAAACACGGAGGAGGAAACUCUAAGCUUCGUUGAUACUAUCGUCCGGUGCAACCUUCAGUCUCUGGCUAGAAUUAUAAAAGGUCACUACAAGGUAAAAGCGGGAAGUGAGCAACGAGAGGCAGCGGCGGCCGUCAUGGAUUCAUCGGCGAACAUAAACAAAGCAUUAACGGAGACGCGUUUCUCCGACCUCGAACCUCCACUCUCCGGAGAUAUCAUUGAUGCGCUUAAUCAGUCUGAUUUCGAGUUCUGCACUCCGGUUCAAGCCGCGACGAUUCCUUUACUCUGUAGUUACAAGGAUGUCGCCGUCGACGCUGCCACCGGUUCUGGAAAAACCCUAGCUUUCGUCGUCCCCCUCGUUGAAAUCCUCCGUCGAUCCACCUCAUUCCCUCCGAAGCCUCAUCAGGUCAUGGGAGUGAUUAUAUCGCCAACAAGAGAGCUAUCAACGCAGAUAUAUAAUGUGGCACAGCCAUUUGUUUCGACUUUGGCAAAUGUGAACUCUGUGUUACUUGUUGGAGGCCGAGAGGUGAAAGCUGACACGAAGAUUAUUGAAGAAGAAGGAUGCAAUCUAUUGAUUGGUACACCUGGAAGGCUUUCAGAUAUAAUGGAACGAAUGGAGAUUCUGGAUUUUCGAAAUCUUGAGAUUCUUAUUUUAGACGAGGCUGAUAGGCUUUUGGAGAUGGGGUUCCAAAGGCAGGUGAAUUACAUUAUCUCACGCUUGCCAAAGCAGAGGAGGACUGGUCUCUUUUCAGCUACACAAACAGAAGGCGUUGAAGAGCUCGCCAAGGCUGGACUUAGGAACCCUGUGAGAGUUGAAGUUCGAGCUGAGGCGAAGUCGGAAUCUUCCCAGCAAUUGACAAACUCGAAAACCCCUUCUGGUCUUCAUCUUGAGUAUAUCGAAUGCGAAGCAGAUAAGAAAUCAUCACAACUAGUGGAUCUCCUCAUCAAGAACAGUGAUAAAAAGCUUAUAGUAUUCUUCAUGACCUGUGCUUCUGUUGACUACUGGGGACUCGUACUUUCAAAAAUUCCUGCCCUGAAGUCUAUAUCUUUAAUUCCUAUCCAUGGGGAUAUGAAGCAGAAUGCAAGAGACAAGGCAUUAGCUUCGUUUACUAAAGCAUCAAGCGGUGCCCUUUUGUGCACAGACGUUGCUGCACGUGGACUUGAUAUUCCAGGCAUUGAUUAUGUAGUUCAGUAUGAUCCCCCACAAGACCCAAAUAUGUUCAACCACAGGGCCGGCAGAACUGCAAGAUUGGGAAGACUAGGGAAGGCCAUUGUGUUUUUACUGCCUAAGGAGGAAGCCUAUGUAGACUUUAUGCGCAUAAGAAGAGUCCCUCUGGAAGAGAGAAAAUGCUCUGAGGACGCAUCCGAUGUCAUCCCGAUUAUACGUUCAGCUGCCAUGAAGGACCGAGCAGUGUUGGAGAAGGGAUUAAAGGCAUUUGUUUCCUUUGUCCGUGCUUAUAAGGAGCAUCACUGCUCUUUCAUUUUCAGAUGGAAAGAACUUGAAAUUGGAAAGUUAGCCAUGGGAUAUGGCCUCUUGUAUCUUCCUUCAAUGUCUGAAGUUAAACAACACAGACUUUCCAGUGAGGGUUUCACACCCGUUGAAGGUGUCAAGUUUGACGAAAUAAAAUUCAAGGACAAAUCUCGGGAGAAACAAAGACAGCAAAACUUACAAGUAAGGAAAGAGAAACGGCAAGAAGAGAAAAGAGAGAAAGGCAAGAGAAAAAGGGUUGAUGCUCCUACUACUAAUGAUCCUAAGAAAGCGUCGAGAAAGUUAACUGGGAAGCAAAGACAAACUAUUCAAACUGCUGAAGAUGACGAAGUGAUGGAUCGAGAUUAUAAGUUAAUGAUAAAACAAAUCCCUCUCUGUCUCGUGAUAUCCAACGACGAAGCCAUGUUAGUGGCACCACCACCACCACCACCUUUCGAUCCGACGAAGCCAUCGACACCUAUCUCCUUCCCUAUCAAAACUCUUCAAGACUUGAAGUCUCGCUCUUACUUCGAUUCCUUUCAUUAUCCCUUUAACCGCUCCUCCGUACCUCUCCGUCGGAACAUUGGCGCCUUGCCGGAUCGAUCUAGGCUCUUGGUUUGUCAUGACAUGAAAGGAGGCUACGUUGACGAUAAGUGGGUUCAAGGAUGUGGAAACAACGCUGGUUACGCCAUCUGGGAUUGGUAUUUGAUGGACGUUUUCGUUUACUUCUCACACUCGCUUGUGACUCUGCCUCCUCCUUGUUGGACCAACACUGCUCACAGACAUGGCGUCAAGGUAUUGGGGACUUUCAUCACAGAAUGGGACGAAGGAAAAGCUACCUGCAAAGAGUUGUUGGCGACAAAGGAGUCUGCGCAGAUGUAUGCAGAGCGUUUGGCUGAACUUGCUGCUGCUCUUGGCUUUGAUGGGUGGCUGAUAAAUAUAGAGAAUGUAAUAGAUGAAGUUCAAAUUCCAAAUUUGAUGGUUUUUGUAAGCCAUCUAACAAAAGUCAUGCAUUCAUCUGUACCUGGAGGUUUAGUUAUAUGGUAUGAUAGUGUCACUGUUGAUGGUCAGCUUGCUUGGCAAGAUCAGUUAACUGAGAAGAAUAAACCUUUCUUUGAUAUAUGCGAUGGAAUAUUCAUGAACUAUACAUGGAAGGAGAACUAUCCCAAAGCAUCAGCUGAAAUUGCCGGUGAUAGAAAACAUGAUGUCUACAUGGGAAUCGAUGUUUUUGGUCGGGGCACUUAUGGUGGUGGGCAAUGGACUGCAAAUGUUGCCCUUGAUUUGCUGAAGAGCAGUAAUGUAUCAGCUGCUAUAUUUGCUCCUGGAUGGGUCUACGAAACCGAGCAACCACCGGAUUUUUACACGGCACAAAAUAAAUGGUGGUCACUUGUUGAGAAGUCAUGGGGUAUAGUUCAAACAUAUCCUCAAGUCCUACCUUUCUACUCAGAUUUUAAUCCGGGCCUUGGUUCUCAUAUCUCUCUUGGAGGUCGGAAGUUAUCAGAAGCUCCCUGGUACAAUAUUUCAUGCCAAAGUCUGCAGCCACUCCUAGAAUUCAAUGAGGGAAAGAACUCAGAUAUCAUGCAAGUCACUGUUGAUGGUGGAGAAGCAUCUUAUAAUGGAGGAGGGAACGUCAGUUUCAGAGGAAAACUAAAGAGACAUGCACAUUUCACAGCAAGACUCUUCAAACCUCAGCUUCAGCUCUCUGCUUCCCCAAUAUCAAUCUCCUUUUCUGUGAAGUCAGAUAAAAGAUCCGAGCUAAGCAUUUUGCUCCAUUUUUCAUCUCCUUCACAUGAUGAGACAAAGUCCUUUCUUAUGGUGCAAAAUGAAUCCAUCAACAGAUUUGGCGACAUGUUCCUACCAUGUCUUCUCACAUCAAAACAGACCACAUCCGGUUGGACGGUGCAUGAAACGAACCUUGUUCUGGAUGGGCAUACACUGACUGAGAUAUCUGCCUUCUGCUCCAGACCAGAUGAUCUCACAGAAGAAACAAACACACUAGAGUAUUUUGCAUUGCUUGGACAUAUCUCCAUCAAAAGCCAGCAAAAAACCAAGCUUUUUCCUCUGGCGUCAUCAUGGGUUAUUGAGGCUCAUCAUGUAAAGUUUGUACCGGGUGGUUCUGGCUCCAAGACCUUAAGUUGUAAGCUAAAAUGGAGAUUGAAGCACCCUGAAGAAGAUUCUGUCUUUACAAAGUACAAUGUGUAUGCAGAGAAUCUGAGUUCGAGUGAUUAUAGACCAAGGAAAGUUAUGGAAGAACCAAGAAGCGAGAAAGUGUUCCUUGGAACAGCUCAUGUUGAUGCUUAUUAUGUCUCUGAUAUGGUCGUUGGAUCAGAUGUGAAGGGAGUCCGGUUCGUGGUUCAAACCUGUGGUGAGGAUGGUUCAUGGCAGGAGUUGGAUGCUUCCCCUAACCUUGUGGUUGAAGUAGAACGUCUGAGUUCAAAGCUCUGUUGUUGUGGGUUAUUUUGAGUUAUGGUUCAUUUCCGAACUUGCAAUCCCUGCGAUCUAAUAAGAGCAUUGAUGGUUUAGUCAGUGUCAAGGAUAUGAACCAUACCAUAAUGAUUACGAGGUUGAUAAUAAUAAGUUGGAAAUAAAAUUUGAAACACAUG